AUGGGUGGCGGCAGCAACAGAGGCGGCGCCGGCGAGGAGAGCGGCAGCGACCACGACGGCGGGCUGCGGAAGCCGCUGCUCCACACGGGCAGCUGGUACCGGAUGAGCUCGCGGCAGUCCAGCGUCGCCCCCGGGGCCUCCUCCAUGGCCGUCCUGCGCGAGUCCCACGUCUCCGCCUUCCUCUGCACGCUCAUCGUCGCGCUCGGGCCCAUCCAGUUCGGCUUCACCAGCGGCUUCUCCUCCCCGACUCAGGACGCCAUGGUUCGUGACCUCAACCUCUCCAUCUCCGAGUUCUCGGCGUUCGGCUCGCUGUCCAACGUCGGCGCCAUGGUCGGGGCGAUCGCCAGCGGGCAGAUGGCCGAGCACAUUGGCCGUAAAGGGUCGUUGAUGAUUGCUGCAAUCCCGAAUAUCAUCGGUUGGCUUGCGAUCUCCUUUGCAAAAGAUGCCUCAUUUCUGUAUAUGGGACGAUUGCUCGAAGGGUUUGGUGUCGGCAUCAUAUCCUAUACGGUACCUGUAUACAUAGCAGAGAUAUCUCCUCAGAACAUGAGAGGAGCUCUUGGUUCUGUGAACCAGUUGUCCGUGACCUUUGGCAUAUUCUUGGCCUAUUUGCUCGGCAUGUUUGUUCCUUGGAGACUUCUAGCAGUGAUCGGAGCCUUGCCCUGCACAGUGUUGAUUCCUGGACUAUUCUUCAUUCCAGAAUCUCCUAGAUGGCUGGCAAAGAUGAAUUUGAUGGAAGAUUGCGAGACGUCCCUACAAGUACUGAGGGGGUUUGAGACUGACAUCACGACAGAAGUGAAUGAUAUAAAGAGGGCAGUGACAUCAUCAAGUAAGAGGACUACAAUCAGUUUUCAAGAAUUAAACCAAAAGAAAUACCGCACGCCACUACUUCUAGGAAUUGGCCUACUUGUACUGCAAAAUCUAAGUGGAAUCAACGGUGUACUGUUUUAUGCAAGUAGCAUCUUCAAAGCUGCAGGUGUUACAAACAGCGACUUGGCCACCUGUUCACUUGGAGCUAUCCAGGUCCUUGCUACUGGAGUUACGACAUGGUUGUUAGACAGAGCUGGACGACGCAUGCUUCUCAUUAUUUCUACCUCUGGCAUGACUCUAUGCCUUCUUGCCGUUUCUGUUGUAUUUUUUCUGAAGGAUAAGAUUUCACAGGAUUCUAACUCGUACUACAUCUUAACUAUGAUCUCCUUGGUUGCUAUCGUGGCUUUUGUCAUUACCUUCUCGUUUGGUAUGGGUGCCAUUCCGUGGCUCAUGAUGUCUGAGAUCCUCCCAGUUAGCAUCAAGAGUUUCGGCGGAAGCAUCGCGACACUGGCCAACUGGCUGACAUCCUUUGCCAUAACAAUGACGACGAACUUGAUGCUCACCUGGAGUGUUGGAGGCACUUUCCUCUCGUACAUGGUUGUGAGCGCCUUCACCCUCGUUUUUGUCGUCCUUUGGGUGCCGGAGACGAAGGGAAGAACGCUAGAGGAGAUACAAUUUUCGUUUCGUUGA